AUGAAGACGGUUUUUGUAUCAGGAGCUUCUGGUUUCAUUGCCCUUUAUGUGGUAAGAGACUUGUUGCAAAGUGGUUAUAAGGUCAUUGGCUCGGUUAGAAGUCAAGAAAAGGCUGACCGGUUGUCAAAGCAAUUCAACAACAAUCAGAACUUGAGCUUCGCAAUUGUGCCUGAUAUUGCUAAAGCAGGCGCAUUUGACGAUGCUUUUGAAAAACACGGAAAGGAGAUUUCUGUAGUGUUACACACUGCCUCUCCAUUCCACUUUUCAACUACUGAAUAUGAGAAGGAUCUGUUAAUUCCUGCAGUCAACGGUACCAAGGGAAUCCUUGAGUCGAUCAAGAAAUAUGCUGCUACUACUGUCGAAAGGGUAGUAGUUACUUCCUCUUACGCGGCCGUCACUGAUUUUGCCGGAGAUAGCGACAAAACCAAGACAUUUACAGAAGAGUCGUGGAACCCUGUUACUUGGGAUGCAGCCAAAAAUGAUGCCAUGACUGCCUACUAUGGAUCGAAGACCUUCGCAGAAAAGGUCGCGUGGGACUUUUUAGAGAGCAAUAAGGACACUGUGAGCUUCAAACUGACUACUGUCAACCCAGUCUUUGUUUUGGGACCUCAACUAUUUGAUGAAAAUGUCUCUAGUCAAUUGAACACUUCCUGCGAAUUUAUCAACAAUAUUGUUCACUCGAGUCCCGAGAGUGAUGUAGAUGAGGUCUUAUUUGGCGGUUUCAUAGAUGUCCGAGAUGUCUCGAAAGCCCACCAACUUGCAUUCGAAAGAGAAGAUUUGAUCGGACAGAGAUUAAUUCUUUCAGAAGAUAGAUUCACUUUGCAAGAUUUUGCUGACACUAUCAAUGCAGACUUCCCGGAGCUGAAGGGCAAAAUUGCUGUAGGAAAGCCCGGUUCCAGUAAAGAGAGGUUGAGCAGUGUUGCAACAUUAGACAACUCCAAAACCAAGGCCCUGCUUGGUUUCAAGUUCAAGACCUUCCGCGAAACUGUGGAUGAUACUACGGCCCAAAUUUUGAAAAUGGAAAAGAAAUAG